GGAGCGGCUGGCGUCGCCCGCGCCCCCUCUUCCCCCCCCCUCCCCUCCCCCCCGCCGUGCCCGCGCUCCCCCCGCCCCCACCCGGCCCUGAGGCGGCGGCGGCGGCAGCGGCGGGAGCGGGAGCGGGGCGGCCCCGGGGCGGCGGCGGGGAGAGCCCCGCCGGGCGCCAUGGAGGGCAUGGACGUGGACCUGGACGCGGAGCUGAUGCAGAAGUUCAGCUGCCUGGGCACCACCGACAAGGACGUGCUGAUCGGCGAGUUCCAGCGGCUCCUCGGGUUCCAGCUCAGCCCCGCCGGCUGCGCCUUCUUCCUCGACAUGACCAACUGGAAUCUACAAGCCGCCAUUGGAGCCUACUAUGAUUUUGAGAGUCCAAAUAUCAACGUACCCUCCAUGUCCUUUGUUGAAGAUGUCACCAUAGGUGAAGGAGAGUCCAUCCCUCCUGAUACCCAGUUUACAAAAACAUGGAGGAUACAAAACACAGGGACAGAGGCGUGGCCCCCGGGGGUUUGUCUGAAGUAUGUCGGGGGAGACCAAUUUGGCCACGUAAACAUGGUGAUGGUCAGGUCCCUGGAGCCCCAGGAGAUCGCAGACGUCAGCGUUCAGAUGUGCAGCCCCAGCACAGCAGGAAUGUAUCAGGGACAGUGGCGAAUGUGCACUGCCACGGGACUCUAUUACGGAGAUGUCAUCUGGGUGAUCCUCAGCGUGGAAGUUGGAGGACUUCUAGGUGUAACACAGCAGCUGUCAUCCUUUGAAACAGAGUUCAACACGCAACCGCAUCGCAAGGUAGAAGGAAACUUUAACCCAUUCGCCUCUCCACAGAAGAACAGGCAACCAGAUGAAAACAACCUAAAAGACCCUGGGGGUUCCGAGCUAGGCACAAUCAGCAAAAACACAUGGGGGCCUGCUCCCGACCAAAUCGAACAAGAUCAGAAUGGACUGUCACAAAACUCUGUAAAUCUCUCCCCCAGCAGUCACUCGAACAACUUGUCGGUAGUGACAUACAGUAAGGGUUUCCACGGUCCUUAUCCCUUCGGACAGUCUUAAAACACAAAAAUACAAAACGGGUAUCGACAAGAGGAGAAUUUAACAGAGAACUGACUUUUGGGGGACGGGAGGGGGAUUCAUGUGGCAGACAGACACAACGUGGAGCCCCCCUUCUCUGCCUCCGUGUUCUGGAUAAAGAAGAGAAAAAAAAGCCCAGUAACUUAAGACUAGCUGUUUCCAGAGGAAAAUAUGAAAUCUAAGUAUGCAUGUGUGAAUGCUGGAUUUCAGAGUGUUGUUUAAUGCUAUGAGGAAGAAAAUAUACCAACACCAUGGUUUUUUUUAGAAAUCAUUCUCUCACAUAAUUAGGUAGCUUAAAAAGAAGUUUAAGAAAUGAAAAUGAAAAAGCCAUCUUCUAAAAAAAUAUUUGCCUACAGAGCGGUUGUAGUUUGAGCAAAUGUUUAAUUUCUGUUUGUUUCUUGUUCAUAUUUUUUUUAAUAAGGGACAGCGUGCAUUUUUAUGGAACUGUUGUGUUUUGCUUGCUACGAAUGGGAAUUUGCUUAGCAUCUUCUGGGGUUUGUGCAGUGACUUCUUUUUGUCGAACAUUUUUUAAUGACAGGGUGGGUCUGCACCCAGCUCUGCAUUUUUAAUAUAAUCUACUGGGUUUCGUUACCAACUUUUUAAUCUUUUUUUUUUAUAUUAUUUCUUCCCUGCCCCUACUCCCUUCCCUUUUGUUUAACUGUUGCUGUUAGUUGUCCUGCAUGUCAUUGGAAACCCUGCUGAAGACCAGGUUUCAGUAUCAAAGGUAGAGAGAGAGACUCUGACUUCUAGGGUAACAUGGAGGGCUCGUUCCCCUUCCCUGUGUACGUGAAGUACACACAGAUACACACCCAUAUUAAUAAGAAACAGAUUUAUUAAACUUUCAGAGCUGUCCUAUGUGGUUAGCAUUUUAAAAUACCUUUUUGUUAACUCCUGAUGUACAGUAGCUGUGCCUAGAGCAACCAAGCAAGCGCGUCAGUCUUGUGCCAAGAGGAAACUCUCUUUCUGUAGCUGUAAUUCACUUCGUAGUAGUUGCAGAGCUUUAUGAAAUCAUGUCCUUUUAAUUUUGAAUCUCCCACCUCUCUUAUAGAGUAUAAGUUUGAAUUCAUUUCUCCUGCGAUAUUAGCUUAGAGGCUAAUUGUUUUUUGAAGGCAGAGCAAGAGUUAGCAUCAUCAGCUGGAUUCCACUCUGUCGCCUUGUAUUCAUUUGCCUUUAUCGUCUUGGCUUGUAGCUUCAUUGAGGUUCUUACCUUCUAAAUGGGCUCUCCACAGCUUGGUAUUGGAGAAAGAAUUGCUCCUCUAAAGAUUCAGGUUGCUCUGCUGUUCCUUCAGUGUAUUUUCCGCCAGUUAUGCAUUAGGAAGUCCAGUGUGAGGGGAGGGAGAACGGCCUCAAGUGCUGUGGUGGAUUUCUAAAGUGCUGUGUCGGCACAGAUCCCGCUGAAGGGGGGAGCGAGGUGAGGGGACGCGGUCUUACUCAGAAACGUGACCAAGGCUGGCACAGCCGUCUGCCAAAAAUACAGUAAUACGCAAAGCUCCCACUACCUUCUUCCACAUCUUUCCAGUGAAGACCCUUGCUCUCCUUGUUGGAGCAGAGCGCAGGCUUGCUGCACAGUGCCUGGCUUUACGCUGAUUGCUCUUGACUAGUUGUAUUUUCCUGGUUGGUUUUGAACAGGGGAUUCAUUGUCAUUGCAGCCACCAGGGACUGUCUUGUCUUGGUGCGUACAGAUGGAUCUGUGGAGGACGGUGUGAGUCCCUUGUAUCCAACGGAGGAAGGACGGGGCGAUAGAUUUUGUUUGUAUUCCAGAGGUUCAGUUGUUGAAGGCCACUGUUAGCUGACGUUUCCCUUCAAAAAUCUAUUUGCUGGGAGAAACAGGUAUAAUAUAAGAAAUUAUCUGCAUAAAAGAGGCACUACAGGAUUUGGACUGGUAGUCAUUUGCCCUUGGUGAGCACCUGGGCCUGCCUUGGCAGCUUGCUAGAGCUGGGUGAGUGUAAAGAUCCAGAGCAACCCCGUGGAAGGUGGUGCUGCGCUGCUCAGCGCAGCUGUGGCGUUUGGUUCUUGUCCUGUAAGGUCAUUUUGCCUUGGAUUAGUUAUCUUCUCCUAGCAUUCAGUGCAGGGGAUGAUUUGCAUUGCUGUAGUGUAGCGUGGGCAAGUGGAUUCUUUCCUCGCUCCCUCCUUUCUGAGCAGGUGGCUUGUGCGACACGCUCUGAGGGCAUGAACACGUACCUGACCAUCGCAGCGCUUGCAACACUGCCGCUUCCCUUCUGAAGGUGUCUAAAUCACUGGAGACUGCUGUUUGUCCAAGUGAUGAGGUGAUUCCUUAUCUUAUUAGCUGCUUUCAUCAGCUGCAUAGUGGAAGGGGGG